AUGGCUCUGAAGCGCCCUCAUACAGAUAGUGAAAUGAGAGACGAAGAGGCUCCGAGGAAGAAGCGAAAGGGAUUCAGUGUGGGACCUGCGAAUUUACCCGAUGGAACAUAUCGUCGGAAGACUCAGAAAAUCAAGAAUGACCUGAUCCAGAAAGCGAAAAUCAAGAAGGCCUACGCGAAAGUCAAGGCACAAGAGCAGUCAGGCUCUAAUGAUAUAUACCGGCACCAAGAGCCAGAGACGUCGUCUGCACAGCCUGCAAGCCUAGAUUUACAUCCCGAUCGACAAGCUAUGUUAGACCGCCCCGCUCCAUCAGUGAACGCUCCGAGACAUAGCAAGGACGAUACAGACGAUGUCAGUGAACGUCGCCGUCGGGCACGACCCAAGCGAUCAAGUUAUUCGAAGGAGACACAGAUGGCAGAACAAAGGCAGCUUGAAGCCGAAGCAAGACGGAUGGUGAGGGAGGAGAAGGACCGAGAGCGGCGGGCUAUGCUGAAGGCAAGAAGGCCAGACAGAGAUGGGAGGUAUAGGCUUGGGAGGCAGAGCAAGAUAUUACUUCACAAGGUCAAGAGAUUAGUCGAGGAGGGAAAAGUGGAUAGAUAA